CGCUGGCAUGCUCAACGAGAUGCGCGAGGGCCGCCUGACCGAAUCUUCUAUCCAAGCAUUCCGGAAACUUGACCGCCCGCUUAACUUCGAAGACUCACUCGAUGCAACAGAGCUGUUCCCAACACGUCAGGAAGUCGAUCGCGCCAAUAGUGGUCGAUUGUCGCUUCUUCAAGGAGAGCUGUAUCCUUUCCCUGCCAAAGACGGCGGUUCCAUUGUCGACAAAGCUCAGCGCGACAAGUUGCUUUCCAACUGCCUCGCUCCCGAAAUGAUCACGCUCAAGAAGGGUGCGCAGGUCAUGCUCAUCAAGAACAUCGAUGAAACGCUUGUCAAUGGCUCUCUGGGUCGCGUCAUUGGCUUCAUGGAUGAGCGUCAAUUCGACAGCUACAACAACAACGAAGCCGCGUUCCUGCAGUCCCCGGGCGGCACCAUUCAGAGCAAUCGCGACAUCGACGAGUCGCAGCCUAACGCGCGGCAAAUGAUGCAGGGCAUCACGACGUCGCGCAGAUGGCCCUUGGUCCGCUUCGCCGUCGCAGAUGGCACCUGGCGUGACUUGCUGUGCCAACCCGAGACCUGGAAAGUCGAACUACCGAACGGAGAAGUUCAAGCCUCUCGUGCACAAAUCCCUCUCAUCUUAGCCUGGGCUUUGUCUAUCCACAAAGCCCAGGGUCAGACUCUAGCUCGUGUGAAAGUCGAUCUCGGCAAAGUUUUCGAGAAGGGCCAAGCUUACGUCGCCCUGAGUCGUGCCACCAGCAUGGCUGGAUUACAGGUCCUGAGAUUCGAUCCGAGAAAGGUCAAUGCUCAUGACCGAGUUCGGAAUUUCUAUUCUAAACUCGCACGUGUUGAGUUGGCAGAGAAGAAUCAGGCACGUCUGGACAAGAUCAAGCAGCCAACUACGACGACUACUUCGGCCAAGGAUUAUGAAGAGCAAUUCAUGAAUGGAGCUUUUGAUAAUCCGACCAUGGUGGAGGGGAAUUUCAAAUGGGACGACUUCUGAGCGAUGGGAGAUGUCUGGCAGUGGCUGAAAGACGGAAUGUCCAUGUUUGGCAUCGUUAACGCGCACCAUACCUGUUUGGCAGAGGCAUGAUGAGUCGGUAGACAGCCUACGCUAUGCUAUAUUGCUCAACGCUUCGCUUACUGUCACUCGGAAUGCUUGUCGUUUGAGCACGAGGCAGGAACUCGCGUCAGCCGUUCGCGACGCUGCUCAUCUUGGAACGUCAAACUCAUCAACCACUGUCCUCUUUGCGUUCCCAUCUUUGCCUAAAUCUCGGCACGACAGACCUUGAAAGCCUGGCUUCUGACUCCUUUGAAAUCAAUCGAAGCAGGCGAAUGGAGCGCCUCUCAAGAAUGCAUUGCUUCGUGGUGCACGGGGAACGAAAACAUGAGAAUGAUGCGGGUGAUCUCGCGUCAAUCGCCUCUGACGCUGUCAAUUCUUGAAUGCUUGCUCCUGUCAUUCAGUCUGAUGCUUCUUUUC